AUGUGCGAUUAAUUGAAAUCCAAAAUGGCGACGCCUCCCGAGUCUCCCGUGGAGGAGCAUGCGUACGAGUUGGAGCCGACGCGGACGCCGAAGCCGAUACCCGUGGCGCUUGAGGAGUUGUGUCGGCAGACCAAGUUCUCCAAGCAGGAGAUACGUGUCAUGUAUCGGGGGUUUAAAACGGAAUGUCCGGAAGGCGUAGUACACGAGGACUCCUUCAAGGAUAUUUACGCCAAGUUUUUCCCUCACGGCAAUUCAGCUCUGUACGCCCACUACGUGUUCAAGGCCUUCGACGUGAACUGCAGUGGAGCCAUCAGUUUUAGGGAGCUCCUAGUAACCCUAUCGACGCUCCUCCGGGGCUCCGUCUACGAGCGGCUCCGCUGGGCCUUCCGUCUGUACGACGUGGACGGCGAUGGCGCCAUCACUCGCGGCGAGCUGGCUGAAGUCGUGGUAGCCGUGCAUGAGUUGCUGGGGCGUCGGGCGCCGCCCGGGUCGCCUCAUGCGAGACUGGACGACGCUAAGGCUAAUGAACAGGUCGACCGAGUGUUCCACAAGCUAGACUUGAAUCAGGACGGCGUGAUCACCAUCGAGGAGUUCCUCGAGUCCUGCCUCAAGGACGACGUGAUCAUGCGGUCACUGCAGAUGUUCGACACGGCGCUAUGACGGCAGACCGACACGCACGCGCGCUCCGAC